GCACCCUCGGCGAACCCCGCCCUGCUCCUUCGUUCAUUCCUCCCGGAAAGAUCGGGUUUUGAUGCCAAUCUCCCGCGCCUCGGCCGCCCCCCCUGUCUCCGGCGGUUCCCCCUGUUUACCCCACAAGAUCUCGGCCCGCUCCUCGAUCUGAUCUCGCCUCGGUCCGCGGGAGGGAUAGCUGCUCCGGUGCGAGGGUUCGGGCGUCGGUAGAGGAGAUCUCCGUGGCCGCGAUCCCCGCCUCCAUUGCCUGAAGCCGCGCCGUCCUCGUGGCAGCCAGGGGCGUGUUGCUGUGUGCGGGUGGCCGCGAGUGAGCUCUGUCUGUCUGUGGCUGCCGCGCAUUCCAUGAAUGGAUGGGAGGGAGUCGACCGCGACGUCGGGGCCCAACUACUCGCCCUUCUAUGUGCAGCACCGGGGCAUGGGCCCGCCGGGGGGAGUCCCCGGAGGCGGCCUCCACGCCCCACCCGCCGCCGGGUACCGGCAGCAGCAGCUUGAUGCCGUCUCGGGCGGGUACGCCUUCCAUCAGCCGCCCUUUGGGGCCCCCGCCCACAUUGGGCAGCAGGUGUACCACCAGAACCAUGUCGAGAUGGCGCAGCAGCACGGUACUGGUACCGGUGGCUCACAGCAUAUGGCGCAGCACAGCAUCGGUGGCGGUGGUGGUGUCGGCUCGCAGCAUAUGGCGCAGCACAGUGGCGGUGGUGGUGGCUCACAGCAUAUGGCGCAGCACAGCGGUGGCGGUGGUGGCUCACAGCAUAUGGCGCAGCACAGCGGUGGCGGUGGUGGCUCACAGCAUAUGGUGCAGCACAACGCUGGUGGCGGUGCCAACGGGGGCAUGGACAUUGGCAUGGGUGUUGUGGCCGUGAGCGGUGAUGCUAAAGGGGAUCAGGGGGGAGAGGCUGGCCAGGAUGAGCAAGUGAAGAAAAAGCGCGGGAGGCCAAGGAAGUAUAAGCCUGAUGGGUCGGUGACGCUGGGGCUCUCGCCAUCUCCGUCGACGCCUCAUUCGUCGAGCCCAGGAAUGGGCACGAUGGUUACAACACCUGGCUCAGGAUUUGGGCCGGGGACAGGGUCAGGGGGUUCUGGUUCAGGCGCACUGACGGAGAAACGGGGCAGAGGGCGGCCACCUGGGUCCGGGAAGAUGCAGCAGCUGGCUUCUCUUGGAAAAUGGUUUCUUGGCUCUGUUGGAACAGGCUUUACUCCUCAUGUGAUUAUUAUUUCAGCUGGAGAGGAUGUUGCCGCCAGAAUAAUGUCCUUCUCACAACAAGGCCCAAGAGCUAUUUGCAUCAUCUCAGCAACAGGGGCUGUCUCCACGGCAACCCUUCAUCAGGAUUCAGACUCCGGUGCGGUGACAUAUGAGGGUCGAUUUGAAAUCCUGUGUCUCUCUGGAUCAUAUUUGGUGGUAGAAGAAGGUGGUACCCGCACUCGAAGUGGAGGCCUUUGCAUAGCUUUGUGUGGCCCUGACCACAGGGUUAUCGGUGGGAGUGUUAGUGGAGUCCUGACAGCAGCUGGAACUGUUCAGGUGAUAGUAGGGAGCUUCAUGUACGGUGGCGGGUCAAAGAAGAACAAAGGCAAAGCGGACCAGGACGUGGAGAACGAAGAGCAGAACGGUGGCGGCGGUGGCGAAGACACCCCCACGUUGGCGCUGCCGGAGCACCCCCACAACAUGCCGCCCCACCCGAUGAGUGGAUGGCCGCCCGGCCUGAUGAACCAGAUGGACCCGAGAUCGUCUCCCAUGUACGGCAGCGGGUCAAAGCAAAGCCAGACCAAAGCGGAGCAAGAAAUGGAGGAGCGCAACGGUGGUGGUGCCGGUGGCGAAGAGCCCCUUGCGAUGGUGCAUCCCGAGGACGACAUGGACCCCGAGCAUAACAUGAACAUGCCGCCGCCCCGCCCAAUGGGCGGGUGGCAGCCUGGCCUGAUGCGGCAGAUGGACUCGCGGUCCUCCAGCAUCGACAUCAACUCGAUCCGCGAGUAGCUCAGUCGUUGCCCGCCGGAGAGACCACUCCUCGACUCUGGAUCAGAUGAGAGGAGAUCAGAUCGUCCCUUUGAGUGACCACACAGCGAGCAUCGUGUACCGGGCCUACUGUAGAUUGCGGUGUUGGGGAUUGCUGCUGCUGUGGCUGUCGUGUUAGGAAUGGAACCCUGCAUAUCGAUUGAUCAUAUUAUUGGUCAUUGUACUGCGAUGUUGUAUUAGAGAAGGGAUGACGAUGGAUCCUUAGUACCUACCUAUACAGGAAGAGUAAGGAGGUAAACCUGGGUAUUUUAGUUGAUGGAAUAAUGUUGGGAAUGUACUACACCAAGUACUCUACCUAGCUUCAUCCACCUAGCUAGUUUUCUUUUUUGAGCUU